AUGCACCAAUCCCAAUCAAGUCCGCGGCUCGUCGUCGAGCAGGUUGACGACGAGUACGCGUCGGGCCUCCCGACCAUCACGCCGACGCUGCUGGGCUCGUUCCAGCAGGUCAAGCUGGCACCGGGCACCCCGAGUCCAGACGCAUCUCCUCUGCUCCACCCGUCGCCUCUUGCGCCCUCGUCGCCUCGGUCAUUGUCAAGAACGUCGUCGCCACCAUCAAUCCUGCCCCCCGUCAUGAGUUUGAAACGCUCAAACCCAAAGGGGUUGUCCCUCAGCCUUUCGCUUGGCGCGUCUUCAUUCCACAACACGUCGCUCAGCGCAACGUCGUCAACAACGCCUACACCCACCACUGCCUACUCGCCGCGGUCGCCAUCGAUGCCAGGCUCGGCGUCGGCGUCCGAGACACCAAGCACUUCGGGCCUCCCCAAGACGCCGUCAUUGACAACCGCCUCUCUCGGACGUGCCACAUACAGGACUGGACGUCGGCCAUCCGUGCUGAGCCUCAUCACUCACCAACCAACAGGCGGUGACGCGCCGGUCCCACCGACUCCGGGUGGCGCCCCGUACCCAUACGGCUCGAUGAGGAGUCGCGGCCACGCACGUAUGCGUAGCGCAGGUACCCUCUCGGCCUCGUCUUACACGACCGAGUACGACACGCGCGCCUCGCAGUCGGCCUACCCUUCCCUGCGCACUGGUUUUGCCACCAUUGACGAACGUGGCAGUAACGGCUUGGCAUCUGCCAACCCGGGCAUGUCGCCUUCCACGUCUCUCACGUCGUCGUCUGCCUCCAACACGGAUUCCAUCGCGUCCACUCCCUCGACGUCGCCGCCGCUCCCCGACGAGCGCGAGCACAACAUGUACGCUGCAGCACAGGAACCGUACGCCGACGGCCCGCGGGAGCUGCUGCCUGGCAUCUGGCUCGGCGCAGAGGAUUCCGUCUGGCAUUUCGACGUGUGGGCCCGUGGCGCAAGCCAAGUCGCGCUCGUCAAUGUGGCGCAGGAAAUUGAGAAUCCAUUCGACAACCCCACUGCCGACUCGUGGAACUGGCCGACCGCUGCAAAGGGCAAGGCAAAGGUCGCGCUCACCCACCACGCCGCCGCUGCAGCCUCGGCUGCUGUCGCCGGCGAGACCGGUCACGCGACCAGCCAGCCCGCGAUCGAGUACGCCCAUCUCCGCUGGUCCCAUGGCGAGGGCGGUCUUGCCGAUAUUCCCCCCUCUGCGUCGCUCGACCAGGUGCUCCAUGGCGACGCCCCCAGUUCCGUCGGCGACGACCAAUGGCGGUUCUGGGAGGCGGUGCGCUGGAUUGAAGUCCGUCGCAGGGCGGGCAUUCCGAUCAUCAUCCACUGUCAAUGUGGCGUUUCGCGCUCAGCCACGCUGGCAGUCGCCUAUGUCAUGACGCUCGCCGCCACUGGAUUCAUGCCCGAGCUCCUUGGCCAGCUCCGUACCAUGCAGGACGCAUACGACUUUGUAAAGGACAGGUCGCCAUGGGUCGGUCCCAACGUGUCCCUCGUGUUUCAGCUCGUUGAAUUUGCGCGCAACCUGAGCUCCCUGCUGUCCAGCCGCAUUGCCACGGGCGGCAGUCCCAUCGACACCGAGUGGCCCGCCCUCGUCGACAUUGAGACGGAGGACGCAUGGGCUCAGCGUCGCCGCGAGUUUGGGGAUGGCGAGGCCAGCCCGCGCGCCGCAGAGGAAGCGCGCGCGCUCGACGAGGCAAUGGCGAUGCGCGUCAGUGCUCGUCCGCACUCGCCACAGCACCACCGCGACGGCCACCCGGUCCCCGUUGUCAGCGUCCCGAUGGCUGGCGAGCAGAUCAUCGGAUCGACACUGCUCGAGCCCACCACCACUACCACUACCACCAACCAACGCCCAUGCGAGGCCCCGCCUCCAUGA